UUGUCGUUAAUGUCUUCGUAAGUCACAUCUCUCUUUGCAUUGUUUUAGUGAAAUCCGCCUUUUAAGGCAUUGGCCUAAUCGCUUUCUCAUUCCCAUUAUUUAACAAUCUUCUCUUCUUCUUCUUCUUCUCCUUCUUUUCUAUGUAUUUCAAUCACUCUUCUUUCUUGGUUUUUUGAAUUUGUUCAUACCAAGAACACAAAAACAAAAAACAAAAAAAUGGAUCCUCAGCUUAGUCCCACUACUUUCAUUCACCAUUUCAAGACUGAGACAUGGACGCAUACCCUUCUUUUUUCAUUUCAAAGCCUUGGAGUCAUCUAUGGUCAAUUAAGUUCAGCUCCUCUGUAUGUGUUUGGGACAGUUCAUCAAAAAGAGUUUGUAUCAGAUGAGACAGCUUAUGGCCUUUUUUCCUUUAUUUUCUGGACUAUGACCAUCAUUGCUUUGCUGAAAUAUGCCCUUUUAGUACUGAGAGCUGAUGAUGAUGGAGAAGGUGGUACUUUUGCUUUGUACUCAAUCCUAUGCAGGCAUGCCAAAGUGGGUUUGCUCCCAAGUGACACAAGUGCAAAGGAAGUUAUGCAGUAUGAGGAAGAAAGUCCUUUUAAGACCAAGGUGGAAUCCAGGGCAAGAAGAGCCAUUGCCAAACACAAAAGCAGCCAUUAUCUGAUGUUGUUCUUGGCCUUGUUCGGUGCCUGCAUGGCGAUUAGCGAUGGAGUUCUUACUCCUUCUCUUUCUGUGUUAUCAGCUUCAACAGGUUUCGGAAGAACAUUGGCUUCAAUCAAAUUUUCACAUUCAGAACAUAAACAGGAGAGAAUCUCAAAAGCUUUAAAAGAAUAUGUACCAGUUCCAACUGCCUGUGCCAUAUUGGUCUGCCUUUUCAUGCUGCAGCACUAUGGGACUCGUAAGAUCGGGUUCAUCUUUGCUCCAAUUGUCAUCAUUUGGCUGAUGUUUAUCAGUGCAGUGGGUACUUAUAACAUUAUCCGAUGGAACCCACAUAUCUUCUAUGCCAUAUCCCCAACAUACAUGUACAGAUUUGUUGUGGAUACUCGUGCUAGUGGUUGGAGGUCACUAGGUAGCAUCAUUCUAUGUGUUGCAGGAUCAGAGGCCAUGUUUGCAGGUCUUGGUCAUUUUUCGAAGAAAUCUAUCAAAAUUACAUUCAUAUGCUUAAUUUACCCGGUUCUUGUUUUAUCCUAUGCCGGUCAGGCAGCGUACAUAUCAGUAAACUUCAAAGUUGAAGGUUUUAAUCACCUCAGUGAAUCUGUCCCUAAACAUUUUCGCCAUGUGUUUGUGGCGUUAUCCCUACUUGCUUCAGCUGUAGGAAGCCAAGCAACUAUAACAGCUAGCUUUUCUAUCAUAAACCAGUGCCUGGCUCUCGGUUGUUUUCCAAGGGUUAAAGUUAUUCAUACAUCUGAUAAAAUACAUGGGCAAGUCUACAUUCCUGAUAUCAACUGGCUACUCAUGGUGCUCAGCCUCUCAGUGACUCUUGGUUUCCAUGACAUUGUCAAAAUUGGUAGUGCAACAGGUUUGGCAGUAGUGUCUGGGAUGCUAGUAACGACUUGUCUGAUGUCACUGGUCAUUGCUCUGUACUGGGAAAAUAAUCUGAUAGAAUCUGUGUGCUUUCUAAUAUUCUUUGGCUUUGUUGAGGCAUUGUACGUAUCAGCAUGCAUGUUGAACAUUCACAAAGGAGCCUGGUUUUUGGUAGUCCUUUUUGUGUUAUCAUUUACUGUCAUGCUGUCAUGGCAUUAUGGAACUAUGAAGAAGUAUGAGUUUGAUUUAGAGAACAAGGUGUCUAUAGAAUGGCUCACCGAUCUUAGUCCAGGCCUUGGAGUUUCUAGGGUACCUGGAAUUGGCUUCAUCUACACUGAUAUAGUGACUGGAAUCCCUGCUUUCUUCUCACACUUUGUCACAAAUCUUCCUGCUUUUCACCAAGUGCUGAUCUUUGUCUCCUUCAAGUCUCUACCGGUGCCUUGUGUUCAUCCAAGUAAGAGGUACCUUAUAGGCCGAGUUGGACACCGAGACUACAAGAUAUACCGUUGUGUUGUCAGGUGCGGUUACCAUGACAACAUCAGAGACUCAGAUGAUUUCGAGGAGCAAAUCAUCCGAACAAUAGGCGAAUUCAUUUCCCUUGAAGAAAAUGAUUCCGAGUCUUUGACUUCACCAGAAGGAAAAAUGAUAGUUGUUGGAAAACCAUCACCAGAUGGGAACGCUUUGCUCCCUCGUGAUGAUGAUAAUGAUUCUCAUUCAUAUGUUCUCGAGUCUCCUCCAAUCUUCACCAACAAUGAGUAUCAGAGGAGCCCUUUUGGAGAGACAUCCGAGAGACGCCCUCUUCCUGCGAAGAAGAGAAAGAAGGUCCGGUUCAUGUUGCCACCAGAUAGUCCUAAAAUGAGAGUUUGUGUUAGGGAGGAGCUACAAGAACUGGUUGAUGCCAGAGAGAGUGGAACUGCAUACUUCUUGGGACAGUCUCACUUGAGAGUUCGAAAUGGUUCGAACUUUCUAAAGCGGUUCUUGAUCAUGACAUACACUUUUUGUGAUAAAAAUAGCCGUGAGCCACCAGUGGCUCUCAACAUCCCUCAUGCUGCUCUUGUUGAGGUUGGUAUGGUCUAUACCAUAUGAUAUAAACUCUGAAAAUAAACACUUUGUACAGAAGAAUAUAUAGGAUCACUAGUAAACACCACUUGAUUUAGCUUGUAGUUUACUCAUAAUUACAAUUUUUAAAUUAAGUGAUGUUACUUCAAAAUCAAGUUUUGCUGCUGCUUAUUAUUAUUAUAGUUUCUUCAAAAUUAGUGUCAGUCUUAGUUGGCUAUUGUAUCUAAGUUUUCCCUUUUUUUUAUUUUGUUGUGUGUGUAUCAUAUAAUUUCCAAUAGAAAUGAACUAAAAAGAAACUUGGAAAGUUUGAAUACUAAUUGUGUUCUUCACAAAGGGUUUCCUUCUUGUAUGUUGCUCUUAUUCCAUCCCUCAUUUCA